UGGGGUGGGGAUCAAACCAAGCGCUUAAUUCCGCACGUUUUGUCAGUCAUAUCCAGGGAAUAUUUAUGAUUGGUGCGGACAAAUUUCCACCGAACCGAACAGAAGAAAUAGACAGAGAGCGAGGAUACAAACAUUGCGCGCAUUUAGCUGCUGUCAAGAAACCACAAGUCAUAUUUCUAGCGCAGCAAUCUAUAAAGACGAUGUAUAUUUGGGUAAUAGACAACCACUGAUUUUACUUUAAAAUAUUGAUUAGGAAAGAGAGACAGACUGGUGCUAUUCAAUUUCGUAUCGAACACCCCCUUUGUCUGUGUAUACUGUCACCACGUGUGCAGUCAGAAAACAUCGCUGAUAAUGGAUUACCUUUUCGUCAGGUAUUAAAAGAAUUCAAUAAUGGAGGACACACCUCUUACUAAGGAUGUGGAAUUAACUGUGGCCCUCAGUACAGGGGACAGCCCACCUCCUCCAUACAAAAGGAAAAGCACCCCACCAAACCCCCCUGAUCAAGAAUCAUUCUGUAUAGAUAUGUCCGGUAAUACUCUGGUCCCCCCAAAUGGUCAUCUUACCAGUCCAGAAUCGUCAAGGAGGAGACAUAAAAGUGAGGGAGCAAUUCCUGUGGCUUCUCUAAAUGGCCAGGCUGGUGGUAACAAUCAUCUGUCUCCAAACCAGAGGAAAAAUUCUGUGUUUGGAAGUCGCAGUACGAUUAGUGGAAUUAAGUUUGAUGAUCCUUAUGUGGAAGAUGGGAAGUGUAGCGAUAGAACAAGCUGGAAGACCACAGACUCUGACGAUGAUGAGUCGGGUCUAACCCUUAUGUACUCAAAGCACGAGAAAUUACCAAUGAAAGACUUUUCAAUGGAAGUCAGAGCUUCAAUGGAUGUACAGAACUUUUUAAAAAAGACAGUUUUAAUCCUUGACCUGAAUAAGGUCAGUUUGGAUGAAAUCAUUGAUGAAAUUCUUCACAAGUUGUUGGACAGCUCUGGCAGUAAACACAGUUUUGACCAGGCUAGAUCUGCUCUCUUUACUCAUGACUGUGUUCACCAGCUGAGUAGAACUCUACAGUGUACCAGUGUAUCAGAAGGAGGGGGGUUUGAUUAUGACCAGAAUUGGAUCUGUGCUUUGGCUAGCAUCCCCUCCAUCCAGUCCAGACAUGUGGGGAUAGCUCGCCUGCACCACCCAGCAAAUCUGGGAACCUCCAGUCAAGAAGUCUACUUCGUAAUUGUGGUUCUGACACCUACCAAAGAGAAAGGAACAAAGAAUGAAUUGGAGACAGGCAGGACCUUUUCCACCAUAAUGUCUGAUCCUGAAUUACGAAUGAAGUUGCUGGAAGCCAGAAACGAGACUGAAUUCAAACAAAUUUUAGAGUCACACACUAAUGCACUGGCAGAAAAACAGAAAAACUGGGCCCCAGAGAAGGCAAUGUUUUCUUCUGAACACCAAGAACAGACUUCAUUUCGCUGUAGUUUGUUCCGUGGGAUCAGAGAAGACCUGAGACGUCGGAUCCCUGUGUAUAUUUCCGAUUACAAGGAUGGAGUGGUUGGUAAGAAGUCCAUACAAAAGACCAUCUCAACCACACUGUUCCUGUAUUUUGCCUGUCUAAUGCCCUCCAUUGCAUUUGGUGUCCUAAAUGCCAACAACACAAAAGGUCAACUCAGUGUUGAGAAAGUUCUGUAUUCACAGAUGUUUGGAGGCUUGGUGUUUGCGUUCUUUGGUGGAACUCCCCAUAUUGUAUUAUUGACAACGGCACCACUAGCCUUGUACACUAAAAUUAUAUUCAGCAUUUGUGAGGACUUUGAUAUCGACUUCCCCGCUAUGUAUGCUUGUGUGGGCCUGUGGAAUAGUCUGUUCCUCUUCCUAUAUUCAGCGUUUGAUCUCAGCGUACUGAUGAAAUGGUCGACCAGAUCAUCAGAAGAGAUCUUUGCUGUUUUUAUAUCUAUUGCAUUCUGUGUUGAUGCUUUCAAGGAUGCUGUGAGCAACUUUGGAGCCCAUUACAACAUUCCAGCUUGCUCCUUGGUCACCUCCUCAGAGAGUUCCACAGUGAAUUAUUCAGUAGCAUCGAAUGUAACGAACAUGAUCACAUCUGUGGUGAACAGUACAGCUUCUCGAGAUGUCUGUGAACGAGACGUCAGCUUGCUAUACUUACUGUUAUUGCUGGGGACACUCUGGCUCGGUGUCACCUUAUAUAACUUUACUAUGACUCCUUAUUUGAAUGCUGGGAAGAGGGAAUUGUUAGCUGACUAUUCCCUCCCAGUGGCAGUUAUCAUUAUGAGCUUCUUUGGAUCCUAUGUGUUCAGGGAUGUAACAUUGGACAGUAGUUUUAUUCCGGGUGAAUUAUCACUGGAUGUUUUUAAACUGGUUCCCAUUUAUAAGCUGUCAGUUGGGGCAGUGUUUGGUGCCAUGGGACUGGGCUUCUGCUUGUCACUCCUGUUCUUCAUGGAUCAAAACAUCUCCGCAGCGCUUGUCAAUGCUCCACAAAACAAGUUAAAAAAGGGUACAUCUUACCAUUGGGAUCUCCUUGUUUGUGGUGUAAUCAAUGCCUUUCUGAGCAUGCUGGCCUUUCCACUGGUCCAUGCAGCACUGCCUCACUCCCCUCUCCAUGUCAGGGCUCUAGCUGAUGUGGAGGAGAGAGUGGACCAAGGUCACAUAUACCAAAUAAUUGUGAGAGUACGCGAGACUCGACUUACAGCAAUCUUUUCCCAUAUCCUAAUUGGGCUAUCCCUAUUUAUCCUGAACUUCCUAGCUUAUAUUCCUACCCCUGUGCUGUAUGGUCUAUUUCUGUAUGUUGGUGUCACAGCAUUGUAUGGUAACCAGUUGUUUGAACGAAUCAUGCUGCUUAUAACUGAACAGAGUGCUUAUCCCCCAAAUCACUACAUAAGACGUGUCCCCCAGAGGAAGAUUCAUCUCUUCACCGUUCUACAACUUCUACAGCUGGUGGUGCUGUGUGCAUUUGGGUUCACUCCCUAUCCUUAUCUCAAAAUGUUCUUCCCAGUUCUCAUUUUUACUCUCAUCCCACUCAGACAUAAAGUAAUUCCUCGUCUAAUACAUCAGAAAUUUCUCAAAGCUAUCGACGGGCAUUAAGGAAAAGUGUUCAGGUGUAUCCAUCUCCUUCAUGCCAUUUCAUCAAGUCUGUUUGUUACUGCACUCUAACAAAUAUAGUCCAUUCCCAUCAAUGCGAGUCGAAUCAUCUGGACUGGUAUAAAGUGGUUUGAGAGCAGGAGUUGUCUCCCCCUUUUACUUCUCUUUUACAUGUAACUGUGACUAGGAGGAAACUGUUAUUGCUAUAAAUUGUUUAUCACAAUGUUAAGUACCUAAGAAUGCAUAUCUGUAUCAAUAUUUCUUACAAACAAGUAUAAUGUAAAAAUUUUUGUUAAAUUAUAGAGUUUGGUUUUUUAGUGUUCAUGGUCCACCAUCUUGCCCACUUUUAAAUUGUUUUUUCUUCUAAGCUCAGCAAACAGUUAGUUUUGUGCAUUUACAUUAACCUGAUGGAGGGUUGAAUUUAAGCCAGCUAGUAGACUAGUCAUACUGACUAUGUAUAUUGUUUAGCCUAUUUUUUUUUAAUUAGACACAAUUAGCCUAGGUUUUUUUUAUUAGACACAAUUAGCCUAGGUUUUUUUUAAUAGACACAAUUAGCCUAGGUUUUUUUUUUUAAAAAUUAGAUACAGAAGGUUUCAAGACCCUCUAUAUCUAGCUGCUGUAUACAUGUAUUUUACUAUGCUUUAAUUUAACAAUGAAUGAGCACAAUUCUCCUUUUCUCUGUAUUUUUAAGUUUUGGUGAGUCACAUUUGGUCUACCUCCCAUAUUUUAGAUAUGACCAUGUGCAGUCGUUGAGUACAAGUCUUUCACUAGUAUGAUAGAUCUCGUCUGACAAGCGCUGCACUUUGCAGUGUUCUCCUUAGUAAAAUCUUGUUUUUAUUGUUAUUUUGUUGACCUGGUAAUAAUUAUUCUUGUCUCUAAUAUAUUUUAAUAUUUCCACACAAAUUUAUAAAUGCACUUUUAUUUACAUUUAGUCAUAAUUUAGGUUAACAAGUACAAAAAUAUAAACAAUUUGUGCCAUGAUGUGAUUGUGAAGUAUUGAGAUUUUUGGGUGUUUGCCUCUAUUUAGUCAGUCCCCCUUUAUUUUGUUACUGAACUAGUCACAACAUGACAUCCAUUGUCUUUCAUUAAAGAAAAUUCUGUUGGAGUUGAGUUCUUGGGGUUUUAUUGUGUACAUAUGUUAUAUAUAAGGCACAUUUAUACAUAGAAUUUGUAUUGUUUAUGUGUGUUUGGAUUGUUUAUUUUGUGUUUUUCAGGAAACUUAUAUCUUGCAGUGUUCAUUGUUUUAAAUCAUGCAAAGUUGUUUUAUUUUGUAAUCAACAUUUAUUACUUAGUUACCAGCUUACAGUUUGAACUUAAAACAA